GGCAUCUUGAACACUCGUUAUCCUUCUUCCUUUCUCGUUCUCCAACAUCCGUGGAUCCAUCCCCUGGAUCCAGUCCCAAGGACAUUUCGCCAACAACCUCUUCGGUCUCGUUCGCCUCUUCUCGCGGUGAUCGAGAUCCAAGAACCGAUCUCGUCGGGUCCGUUUCUUGCUUCGACCCACUUUCUUCGAUCGGUUUCUUUCGAACCCCAGGAGAUUUGAAGGAUUCGAGAUCGAUGGCCGAGAGCGAUCAUGCUGCGCAGAAGGACACCGAGGCAGCGGGAACGAAGGUCGAUGAGGAUCGGACCAUGCAUGAGGAGCAGCGGUUCCCCGAGGACCCAUCUAUUUCGCACGGCGCCGAGCGGCCGAGCUGCUCGGUCGAUGAUUUUUGCAUUGGCGGCACAUCAGAAGAGGCCGAGAACGUCGAGUCGUCAUUGAUCCGCGGGGAAGGAUUGGGCAGAGAUGCCGCCACCGAGCCGGAGAGGCAGAGAUCUCCCUACUUUCGCCAGAGGAGUGCCGUCCCUGGUGCCGAGGGCAACUCGAUUGGUAAAAAGUACGUUCCAUUCGACGUGGUGAAUGGUCUGCACACAACCCAGUCGAUGUUGAAGCUCGAAGAAGUAGAAAGGGCUGCGGAGAGCUCCGUUUCCAAGGUCGUUGUGCUCAAGACAUUGUUUUAUAUUUUGGUCUGGUACACAUUCAGCACUUGCUUGACAUUGUACAAUAAGACGCUAUUAGGCCAUAAAUUAGGGAAGUUUCCAGCACCAUUAUUGAUGAAUGCAUUUCAUUUCACACUUCAAGCUGUUUUAUCAAAAAUUGUUGGGUGCAUCCAGUCUCGGGGAGCUGAUGUUGGCAUUACAAUGACGUGGAAGGAUUACUUCAUUAGAGUUGUGCCAACAGCUCUUGGAACUGCUCUUGACAUAAACUUGAGCAAUGCUUCUCUUGUUUUCGUAUCCGUGACAUUUGCCACAAUGUGUAAAUCUGCCUCUCCAGUUUUUCUUCUACUGUUUGCUUUUGCAUUUAGGUUGGAGACUCCUAGUUACAAGCUUUUGGGCAUCAUAUUGAUCAUUUCCUUUGGAGUUCUGUUAACAGUUGCCAAGGAUACACAGUUUGACUUUUGGGGAUUUGUCUUUGUUAUGUUUGCUGCUGUUAUGAGUGGUUUCCGCUGGUCCAUGACUCAGAUUCUUUUGCAGAAAGAAGCUUAUGGUCUAAAGAAUCCAAUCACUCUGAUGAGUUAUGUUACUCCUACCAUGGCUGUAGCAACUUUAGUCCUCUCCCUAGUGAUGGAUCCUUGGCAUGAUCUUGACACAAAUGCAUACUUUGAUAGUCCAUGGCAUGUUAUGCUCAGCUGUCUCUUAAUGCUUACUGGAGGAGCAUUGGCUUUCUUUAUGGUAUUAACUGAAUAUAUUCUUGUUUCAGCAACCAGUGCUGUAACUGUUUCUAUAGCUGGUGUUGUCAAGGAAGCUGUUACUAUUAUGGUCGCGGUGUUUUACUUCCAUGACCAGUUUACAUUGAUAAAGGGGAUUGGACUUCUUAUAAUCAUUACCGGUGUCAGUUUAUUCAACUGCUAUAAAUAUGAAAAACUGAAGAAGGGUCAGCCAAAGGAAAAUGAAGAAACCAUAUCUCCAAGUCCCAGUGGAGCAGCAAAAUAUGUCAUCCUUGAUGACAUGGACCUUCUACAUUAUGAAAAUUGAAUCACACAGUACAAUCAGAUAUCCAAUUUGAAACUGAUAAUGAUUGUCCUCAAAACUUGGUGUCCAGAGGCAUCCAUGCUCUUCCAGGUUCUUUAGGAUGUGCCGGACUGCAAGUUUGCUGAUUGUCUCAUCAAAUUGUUUGCACCAUGGAAGUCGUAGACAGCACAUGGAACUCCCGUGCUGUUGAUCGGUUUGAAUCGUCUUCUUCUUCUAACAUAUUAUCAUGCCAUUUGGUGCCUUCUUAUCUUUGUUCAACUCUUUUAGAGCAAGAAGCUUUAUAUCGUGGUAUCGUCUAUUUUUUCGAGUACCUACAUCCCAAGCAACAGCAAGUUGAAGAAACAACCACGCAACAUGGGGUCAUCAAGCAAAAGGAAAGUCUGCUUUCGCCGGUUUAUGUGUGGGAGACUGCUUCUUACUGUAGAAAAAUUCUUAUUAGGAUAGAUUGAUUGACCAAAAAUGUCAUGCAAGUUCUUUUUAGUUCUCUAGGGUUGAAUAUUUUUAGGAAAACAUUGAGGAAGAUCAGUAUUUAUUUACUUUUUAUUA